AUGUCCUUCAUUGACGAUUCGGAGAAAAAAGUUAUACUAUUUCUGAUUGGUAAUCCCGGUUCUUUGAAUAGACAUUCUACUGGUCAUUAUAUUCUUGCGGACCUCAUCAAGAAUUUCAAUGCAAAACAAUUAGUUAAAAAUGGUCUUUAUUCAAAAACUGAUUUUGAUAAUUUGACCUUUGUUAAAUCAAAUUCUUACAUGAAUGAAUCUCAUAAAUCUUUGAAAAAAUUCUUAGAAAUCGAGAAAAUUAAUCUAAAUUCAUCAAUCUUGAUCAUUCUAUUCGAUGACUUUGAAUCAAUUUUAUCUUCAGUUAAAUUAUCGGCGCUCAAAAAAAAUGAAUCUCAUAAUGGAGUUAAAUCAAUUCAUUCUUUUCUUCUGAGUCAUUCUUUGCAAAAUGCUAUAAUAUUUAAAUUGGGUAUUGGCAUUGGACCCAAACCUUCCAAUGCUACUAAAGAUACCAUGGCAUCUUGGGUCCUUUCAAAAUUUACUCAACAGGAAAUUGAAAUUUUGAAUGAUAAAAGCUUACCCUUGGUUUAUGGUUACGUCGAUCACAUUCUACAGAAUAAUGGCACGAUAAAAGAUUUUAAUAAAUUAAAUGCUAAAAUGAAAAAACUCUAUGCUUAA